AUGUUUGAUGGUGAAAAGUACUUGAAAAUAAUCGGUAACGAUGAUUUGAAUGCUGUACUGGAAAUACUCGCCAGAUUUAUACGCAACAAUGGUGUCACGUUAGCCAAUCAAAAAAUUGCAGAAAAUGUUCGAUUUAACACGAAUAACCAAAUGAACAAUCGGCUUACUGUCAAUGAUGAAGGCGUUCAGCGCAUGGUUGACAACAAUUUAGCUGUGUACUAUAGUAACCAAAUGAUCAUUACUCAAAAUAUGACUCAUCGUCCUGUGAACACUAUUAAGGCAUAUUUAGCCAAGCAAGAAGAAUGGAAAGUGAUUCGAGAAAAUAAUUUUAAAGAAAAGGUUUGGAAAUCUGAUUAUGUUGUUUAA